AUGGCCUCGCAGUCGCCCAGCCGACUGAGCCAGGCCGGCCAGCCAGGCGAUGAACCGCCGCGCAAGCACCGCUCCACCCUCCUGACAGUUUGCCCUUUUAUCCUGGGCAAUGAGUUUUGUGAGCGCCUGGCUUACUACGGGCUGUCCACCAACCUCAUCCUGUACCUGACACGCGUGAUGGGCGAAGAGAGCGGGCAUGCCGCUCUGCAGGUGUCCCUCUUCUCAGGCACCUGCUACCUGACGCCGCUGCUGGGGGCCUGGCUGGCGGACUCCAUGUGGGGCAGGUACAAGACCAUCAUGGUCUUCUCCCUCAUCUACUUCCUGGGCAUGCUGCUCCUGGCGACGACGGCCCUGGUCCCGGCGCUCACCCCUCCCCCGGACCUGUACCCGACCCGGCUCCAGAACGCCGCCCUCUUCACCUCCCUGUACAUUGUGGCACUGGGGACAGGCGGCAUCAAGCCCAAUGUGUCUGCCUUCGGCGCAGACCAGUUUGACAUGGCAGAUCCGCAGGACCGCAAGGAAAAGACCUCCUUCUUCAACUGGUUCUACUUCUUUGUCAACAUCGGAUCCUUCAUUGCCGUCACAGUCAUUGUAUGGGUCCAGGAGAACGUGAAUUGGGGCGUCGGGUUUGCCAUUCCGGCAGCCUGCAUGGGCCUGGCCAUCCUGGUUUUUGUGGCAGGUUCCCCAAUGUACACUCACGUGGUGCCGACGGAGAGUCCCAUAACCCGCGUGUACAACGUGGUGAUGAGCGCCUGGAGGGAGAAGCGGCGCGGCGGGAACGUCUCCCCCGACGAGUAUGCGAGCUUUGCAUGGCUGGACGCGGCGACGCGCACGCGCGUGUCGCCGGGCGGGGUCGCACGUUUCACGCGGCGCCAGGUGGAGGAGGUGAAGCUCGUGCUGCGCAUGCUGCCUAUCUUCGUCACCACCAUCCUCUACUGGACGGUGUACAUGCAGGCGAGAAGGGGGGGGGGGCAUCUGAGGAUGGGCUCCUUCUUCGUGGUGCAGGGCGCGUCCAUGAAUCGUACCAUGCCUCUGCCUGGGGGUGGGACCUUCACCAUCCCCGCCGCCUCACUGGCCAUCGUCAACACGCUGGGCAUCGUGCUGCUGAUCCCGCUCUACGACCGCGUGGUCAUCCCACUGCUGCGCCGCGCGGGGCGGCCCAUGACCCUGCUCCGCCGCAUCGGCUGGGGCAUGGUGGUCUGCGCCGGGGCCAUGUUUGCCGCCGCGUCGCUCGAGGCCUGGCGCCUGCGCCUCUACGCCGCCCACGACGUGCUGCCGGCGGCGGGUGCCAAUGACUGGGGCAGGGUGGUGAACCUGUCCGUGUGGUGGCAGGCGCCGCAGUACCUCCUCGUCGGUCUCUCCGAGGUAUUCACCUCCAUCGGGCAGCUGGAGUUCUUCUACGACCAGGCCCCGGACGUCAUGCGCUCCUGCUCCAUGGCACUCCAGCUCCUCAGCGUGUGCAUCGGCUCCUACCUCUCCGGAGGGCUGAUCUACUUUGCGGACAUCAUCACCCGGCGCCUGGACCCCGAGGGCUACGGCUGGCUGCCCAAGAACCUGAACAAGGGGCGGCUGGACCUGUUCCUGCUCUGCCUGGGGGGCAUCAUGACCCUGAACUGCAUCAUCUUCUGGAGGGUGGCCGUCAAGUAUGAGUACAAGACGGUGGAGCACGUGCAGCGAGUCACGAUCCUGCCGCGCCUGCCGCGCGAGUCGCCCGCCCCGGCCCUGUACGGCCGCUCGGUCACCUUCAUGCCGCCCUCGCCGGUGAUGCCGGCGGUCCGGCGCUGA